UAUGGCUUCUUAAAGUGAAGAAAAAGAUUUGAUAGGAUCCAUAUUAAGUGGUAAUGAUGAAUUCAUUAUUGUAGAUUAAGAUGACAAACAAGAAAUCAUUCCCAAAAAAGCAAGAAAGAACUUAUCUUUAAAAUCAAAAGAAUUCGAUCCACAAAUUCAUCCAAAACAUUAAGAAUUUCAAACUUCAAAUGCAAGUAUAUUAUCUACAGGAUAUUAAUCGCAGUAGAAAUAACGAAUAUUUUUCUAGACUUAAACAUCAAUAGAAAUGUAUAUAUAUAUGUUUAUAAUCAAAUAAUUAGUUAGUCUUAAUUUUCUAGUGCUGUAUAAUAAACUGCAGAUUAAGAUAAUAAUACUUGUUCAUUUGAUCAUUUUUAAUGUAUUAAUCAUAUCAAGUAUUUAUAGCCUUUGAUUCCUUUGGUUAGUUACAAAGAAAACAAUCAACUAAAAAGCAUCAUACUAUGCAACCCAUAGAAUAUUAAAAUCCUUCUUUGAUAUUCACCAGUGAUUAAUGUAUAGAGGGUAAAUUAUCCUUGAGUUAAACAGACCUUGUAAAUUGAUAAUAAUUAUAAUAAAGGAAUAAAUCUGUGGAAAUUAAUUAAUUAAUAGAAAGCUUCAGAACAUUUUGGAUAGCAAUGAUAUCAAUACUAAAAGAGUGAUUUUUAAUCAAAUUGAAAAGAUUUGUUUGAAGGCUUCAAAAGAUAUGUUUGGAAAUUACACAGUUCAAAAGAUUUUUGAGGUUGGAAAUUAAGAUUAGAAACAACGAAUAUAUAAUCUGUUGAUUAAUAAUAUCUUUGAUUUAUCAAAAAAUUUAUAUGCUUGUAGAGUAGUACAGAAAAUGAUGGAAUUUAUAAAGUAUUUAAAUUACUAUUUAUAAGAGAUCAUUAUGAGUAAGUAGAUAUAUUCAUAUAAAAUAUGAAUCCUUAUAUAAGUCAAUUAUUAAAUGAUCCUAAUGGAAAUUAUGUCAUUCUUUCAUGUUUUGAAUUAUUUAACAAGAAUUAACUAAUCUUUAUGAUUCCAUAAAUAUAAGAUUCAGUAAACUAUUAAUUAAUAAUUUUAGUUGUUUUUUAUGUCAAAAUAAACUUAUGGUUGUAGAGUAAUUUAAAAAGUGUUAGAGAUAUAUCCAAUAGAAUUAACCUAAAGAAUUAUGGAUAUUUUGAUGACUCUUGCAUGUUAAUUAUGUUAUUAGGAAUUUGGAAAUUAUAUAAUAUAGUAUCUAUUAAAGAGUGGACCUCCAAAAGAGAAAUAAAUCAUCUGUUAGAUUAUUAAGGAUAAUUUUGAAUAAUUAAGUAUAAAUAAAUUUGGAAGUAACACAGUGGAAAAGUAUAUAGAUAUUAUGGGGCCGAAUUAAAUUAUAAAAAUUUUAUGUUCAAUUUCAAAUGAUUAGUAAUUCAACUAUUGUAUGUUAGAUUUGUAUUUUACAAUUUGUCUAUCAAUCCUUUUGGAAAUUAUGUUAUGAAAAAAGUAUUAAUUAGUGGAGAUCCAUCUGUAUAGUAUUUAAAAAACUUAUUGAAAUAAUAUCCAGAUAUUGUACAAAGAAUUAAAAACUCUGAUUUCGGAUAAAGAGUUGGAUUAAUUAUGGAUGCAUUAUGA